CUUUAUAAAAAUUGAGACAGAGCUUGUGGUCUUCUGGCAGAAGGUUGGCUGGUGGGUAUUAGUGACUGCAGGCACGGCAAGAGAAAUAAAAAGAUUGAUGGAAAACUACACAUUCAACAGCUUUACUCUCCAGCUGGAGGGGUUAAAAGUCACAGAAGUUUCCAUGUACCCUGUCUUUUUCUUUUUCUUUUUCUCCUACGUAAUUAUUAUAUUUGUCAACGUAGGCAUUGUAGUCCUGAUUUUCAUUGACAAAAGCCUUCACCAGCCCAUGUAUCUCCUUUUCUGCAACCUGCCAGUCAAUGACAUCCUUGGAAACUCUAUCAUGGUGCCCCGUUUGCUUUCAGAUAUCUUGCUGCCUCCCUCUGAGCGCCUCAUCAGUUAUUAUGAGUGUGUGGUCCAAGCUUUCACCUCACACAUGUUUGGCACAACUUCUCACACAGUGCUCAUGAUUAUGGCCUUCGACAGAUAUGUGGCCCUCUGCAAUCCCCUACGCUAUGCUGCCAUAAUGACCAACAAGAUGGUGAUCAAGCUGACAGUUUCUGCCUGGGGAGUGGCCUUUGUUUUAGUUGGGAUUCUUCUUGGCCUGACCAUACGGCUGAACCGAUGCAGGACUCUCAUUACAAAUCCUUACUGUGACAAUGCCUCACUGUUUAAGCUCUCCUGUGAGAGUGUGUUCAUCAAUAACAUCUAUGGCCUCACUUUUACUGUAGUCCUGUUCACAGCUUCUAUAGGCACCAUGGUUCUGACCUACACUAAAAUCACAGUAAUUUGUCUGACCAGUAAGAACAAGUCUUUGAACAGUAAAGCCUUGAGAACAUGCAGCACUCAUCUCUUUGUAUAUCUAAUGAUGUUCUUAUGUGGAAUGCUUAUCAUCAUCCUGCAUCGCUUCCCUCAGACCUCAGACUACAGAAAACUCUCUGCCAUUCUGUUUCAUAUCAUCCCUGGCAGCCUCAACCCCAUUAUUUAUGGGGUUCAGUCUAAAGAGAUACGAAAAUUCCUGUCAAAAUUGUUUCAGUCCAGAAAGGUUUUGCCAUAAUUUUAAUGUAAAUACAAAUGAGUUUAACCCCCACCUAUCUUUUAGAAGAAAAGUACUUGUCUUUGCAUUUUUCCCCCAACAUUUUUUAGUUUUCUUUAUCCUCAUUUUUAAUGACGGACCAAUUACUUAAACUAUGAAAUGGACAUGGAUGGGUCAAAUACAUACUAAUAUAUUAAUAGAUUCCUGGCCUUUGAAUGUCAGAAGAUUCUCACUUUGGGACAUGAUAGGGAGUUAUAUACUACUAGAAAAAAGAGAUGAUCCGAAAAUAAUCAUAUCAAGGGAAACAAGUGUUCCUGAUUCUCUCAAAGGGUGCAUCAGUAAUGAAUUUCAUAACAAAUUUUUCAGUAGAGUGACUUGUUUAUCUCAAUGACGCUUAAUUACAACCAUCAGCACAGAAAAUGAACAUUGAACAGAUCUAACAUUCCUCACCUGUCUGCUCGCUGCCACCAGUUUCCUAAUGUUUGAGGAUUGCAAGAAAUCAAUGAGUGCAAAUGAGUCUCAAACAAAAAAUUAGGUUGACUCAUAAAAAUAUAUUUACUGAUCAGCACUAAAUGAUCCAAAACAUGUGUCAAAAACAAACACAAGCAAAACCCCCAAAAUAUUUAAUGGUUUAGAUAUUUAUAUACAUAAUAUCUGUUGCCCGCUCUUUAUGCCACUAUGUUGAAUUAAGAAAUACGCAUGAUGAUGCUCGGUACUGAGUAUCAAUGGAUGCCAAGCAACAGUUGAUAGCCACUGAGGCUCCAAAAAAAGUGUCUGUUGAUUCACUCCUGGUCUGGGGUCGGAGGGCGGUUUGUGUUGCAGAAGGUAAUGACGGCUGCUACCUCAUUGUGUAUUUCAGUUAUUAGAAGCUGUGUUUAUCUAAAUGUAUCUUAGAUAAAUAGCAGUUACAUUAUGUUGUGAGAAGAAUGUAUCCUUCAUUUGCUGUAGCAGCUCAUCAAAGAGUUCUCACUUAGUGGAGGAUACCUUGUGUUCAGAAAGAAAUCAUCUAGUCUUGUACUGAGAACAAAACUUUACACUUGCUUAUCUUCAAGCUGUUUUAAAGAGUCGGUUCACCCACAUUAUAGAUAUAGUUUUAGUUGUAUUUGCCUUGGCUCUGUUUCUGCCUUCACUCUAAUACAUCGGAGGUGAAUGGAAUUUGAAAACCUGACAUUUAAAAAAUUAAACAGCAAUGUAUCUGUCCUAGAAGAGGGGUUCCUCCUCUGUUGCUCUUCCUGAGGCUUCUUUUCUCCUAAAAAGUUUUUUUUGGGGGAGUUUUUCUUUAUCCGAAUCGAGGGUCUAAGGAUAGAGGAAGUUGUAUGCGAUAGAGACUGUAAAACCACUUGAGGCAAAUUUCUGAUAUUGGGCUAUAAAAAUAAAACUGACUUGACCCUUGA